CCCUUUCCUAAACACUGGCAUCAGUGUUCUAUUUUUAAUUCUCUUCGUUUUCCCGUAGGUUGCAGUCCCCUUUAAUCACUGCCACAGGGGAGGAUCCGGUGCUUUUAUCUUAUCUUCUGACAUUUCUUUGGAACUCCCUAAGAAACUUAACGUCCGCUGUGCUGUUCCUCUUCCCCAUACUCACAUCCUCCUUCCUGCUUUUAUCUGUCUCCAGUCUUACUGCUUUUCAGCCUUUGCCUGUGCACGGAAAAACCAACCCCCUCCUGACGGCCAAAACACAUUCCUUCUGUCAUCUGAGCUGCAACUUGAAGUUCUUUUCCCUGCUCAUUCAUUCAUUUCCUUGUGUGUUCUUUGGCCCAUCUCAGUGUGUGUGGCUGUUCCAGUUAUUGCCAUGUAUCUGUGAUGCCGUAUUUCUCUGCCUUCUUCACCAGAUGGUGAACUCUGUAACUCAGUACAGAAUCCUGGUUUACUGAUACUUAGUUGUGCAACCCUGAGCAAGUUACCUAAUUUCUUGGGCCUCAGUUUCUGCAACUGAAAAACGGAUUAAUUUAUCUCCAAAGUCUUUUUAAGUUCUAAGAUACUUUGUGAACAUACUUAGCUAUUAACUGUGCACUUAGAUUUUCCUUACAAAGCCCUUUGCUUCCUGUCAGGGUUCAAAGAGCAGAGUCUUGCUAAUCAAGAAGCUCUCUAGGCCCUGGCCUCAUACAAACCCUCCCCACGUUGUGGAGGGUCUGACUUGUACACAGUAACAUAGGAAAGAAUUUAUAUCUAGGACAGAGGAACAACUCCCUUGAGAUGCUACCUCUUCCAAAGGAAUUGUUUCCCAGAUGAUCAGGCUCCGGAAGGAGUAUGGGGCCAAUGUGCUUCCUGCAUUCCCCCCAAAGAAGCUUUUCUCUCUGACACCUGCUGAGGUAGAACAGAGGAGGGAGCAGUUAGAGAAGUACAUGCAAGCUGUUCGGCAAGACCCAUUGCUUGGGAGCAGUGAGACCUUCAAUAGUUUCCUGCGCCGAGCACAACAGGAGACACAGCAGGUCCCCACAGAAGAGGUCUCCUUGGAAGUGCUGCUAAGCAACGGGCAGAAAGUUCUGGUCAAUGUGCUAACCUCGGAUCAAACUGAGGAUGUCUUAGAGGCUGUAGCUGCAAAGCUGGAUCUUCCAGACGACUUGAUCGGAUACUUUAGUCUCUUUCUAGUUCGAGAAAAAGAGGAUGGAGCCUUUUCCUUUGUACGGAAGUUACAAGAGUUUGAGCUGCCUUAUGUGUCUGUUACCAGUCUACGGAGUCAAGAGUAUAAGAUUGUGCUAAGGAAAAGUUAUUGGGACUCUGCCUAUGAUGACGAUGUCAUGGAGAACCGGGUUGGCCUGAACCUGCUUUAUGCUCAGACAGUGUCAGAUAUUGAGCGUGGGUGGAUCCUGGUCACCAAGGAGCAGCACCGGCAGCUCAAGUCUCUGCAAGAGAAGGUCUCCAAGAAGGAGUUCCUACGGCUGGCCCAGACGCUGCGGCAUUAUGGCUACCUGCGCUUCGAUGCCUGUGUGGCUGACUUUCCAGAAAAGGACUGUCCCGUGGUGGUGAGCGCAGGCAACAGUGAACUCAGCCUCCAGCUCCGCCUGCCUGGCCAGCAACUCCGUGAAGGUUCCUUCCGGGUCACCCGCAUGCGGUGUUGGCGGGUUACCUCCUCUGUGCCACUGCCCAGCGGAGGCACGAGCAGCCCGGGCCGGGGCCGGGGUGAGGUACGCCUGGAACUGGCUUUUGAAUACCUCAUGAGCAAGGACCGACUACAGUGGGUCACCAUCACCAGUCCCCAGGCUAUCAUGAUGAGCAUCUGCUUGCAGUCCAUGGUGGAUGAGCUGAUGGUGAAGAAAUCUGGUGGCAGUAUUAGGAAGAUGCUGCGCCGGCGGGUGGGGGGCACCCUGAGGCACUCAGACAGUCAGCAAGCAGUAAAGUCCCCGCCGCUGCUUGAGUCACCUGACGCCAGCCGGGAGUCCAUCGCCAAACUCUCAAGCAAACUGAGUGCUGUGAGCUUGCGGGGGAUUGGCAGUCCCAGCGCAGAUGCCAGUGCCAGUGACGUCCACGGCAAUUUUGCCUUUGAGGGCAUUGGAGAUGAGGAUCUGUAACCUCCACUGUUUGGAUGUCUGCCCUCUACCCCUGAGAAAUAUACAGAAACUUGCCCUGUGCCUGUGCACCCCCAAGCUGGGGGUCUUUUCCUUUCUACCUUUCUCUCUUCUCCCCUUGGCCAGGGGCCUCCUAACCUGUCUUCCCUCCCCCCUGGGCUGGCUGUACAAAGGAUUGCCCCCUUUCUCUUUUCCGAGCUGGCCUCAAUGCCAAAUUAGCAUUUAGUAUUUUGCACAGAGUCCAAGGGACCAUGGCUACCUGCCUUGGCGAAGAACCACAGCUCUCCCUGGCUACUUCUGGCUUCUCGGGGCCAUGGGCCAAGGGGAUGGGCAGAGGUCUGUAUAUGGUCUGGCCUAGCUCCCCAUCAUUAAACUCAGCCUGACUGCUGCCUACCUCUGGUUCCCUCUCACUGCCCCUGUUCCCUGCAUCACAGCAGGGACUACUGUGCUAAGGGGGAGGCCAAGUUGUGCUUGCCAGUGCUAACUCAGCAUAGACAUGGCUUUGUUAGUGUUUCCUUUAUUAUAAAGCACUGAAAUAAGUUAAAUAAACAGACGGGAGCCUGGGUAGUCCCCCAGCCAGUCCUUCCACAGCCUCUGGAAGCAGUGGAGGUAAAUACAGGGCCCUUCUCACUGAGCUCAUGAAGUGCAUCAGUCAAGGCAAGGGCCCCGGUCCACAUGGGUCUCCCGCCCAUGGGGUUUGGGCUGGUCCAUAUAGCGCCUAGGUUAGUCUGUGUGGAGCCCCUGGCCAGCGGGGGAGGAAGGAGGUGGCAGCUUCUGGUCAGUCUGUAUAAAACAUACAUGAGGGUCAGGGC